AUGGGCUCUGAGAAAGAGGAUUAUUCCUCUGGACCCGAGGAUGGCUCUACCAGUCCCAAUGUCGUCCUCCCAGCUGCCAUCAAGCCACAGCAUCGACCUCUCCACGAUGCUACCGUCACUCUCGAAGAAUACAUGUACUACGCUGAGAAGACAAGAGCAGAAGAAGAUGCCGUCGCAGCCACAAAACCACCUACUACUUUCAUGGAACUGAUAUUCCCAUCAAAAGGAACCGCAAGAAGGAUAGAGGGAGUGCAGCCCAACGAGAAAGAAGCAAAGGAAAACCCGCCAGCACAUGCAGAUCAGGCACCCUCCAGUGACAAACUGCAAAUCACAGAUCUAGAAUGGACAAAUGCAAGCCGAGCGUUACGUUCUGCAAGUGCGGCUGCGUGCUUUUACUUGAUUACAACGGACAUCUUGGGUCCAUUUGGAGUCGGCUUCUCUAUCGGUACGAUGGGCUGGGGAGAAGGCAUCGGAUUGUUCACCCUUUUUGGACUCUGUGCUGGAUUUUCCGGCUACCUUCUCUGGAAAGUAUUCUUAGACGUCGACUCAUACGAAUUUCCGACCAAGAACUACGGUGAUCUUGGUUACCGCAUCUGGGGACCUUGGCUUCGCUAUACGAUCAAUUUCCUCCAAGCCCUGCAACUAAUGAUCAGUGUUGGCAUUCUUGUUAUCAGCAAUGGCCUUUCGAUCUCGCAGGUGUCCAAGUUCCGCCUCUGCUACGUCGUAUGCUGCCUGAUCUGGGCAGUUGUGGGCUUCUUCUUAGGACAAAUCCGGACCCUUAACAAGCUGGGUUUCCUGGCGAACUUCGCCGUUGUUCUCAACCUUAUGAUCAUGUUUAUCAGCAUGGGUGUCAUGGCCCAUAGUGAACCGAAUUACGGUGCUGCUCAGUCCGGCUCCGCUGGUGCUGCUUUGGGUGGUCAAUCCGUCGCGCCAUUUGCCAACGGAACUUAUCCUCCCGUUGAGAGACAUGGCGGCAUUCCUCCUUCAACCAACGGGUUCAUCGGCUCCAUCAAUGGUCUCAUGAAUGGUGUCUAUGCAUACGGAGGUGCACAGUUGUUUGUUGAGUUCAUGGCUGAGCUUCAGCGACCUCGGGAUUUCCUCAAGGCCAUGUGGGGUGCUCAGUUCUUCAUCUACGCCUGCUACAUGUCCUAUGGAUCCUUUGUUUACUACUACCAGGGACAAUAUGCCAAUCAACUCGCUUAUCAGGGCCUGUCACCUUAUGCCUGGCAAACUGUUUGCAAUAUGCUUGCCGUCCUCAGUGGAAUCAUUGCCGCGACCCUCUACGGCAAUAUUGGAAUCAAAGUCAUCUACAACAACGUGUUCAUGGAGAUAUUUAGAGCUCCGCCACUCACUACUACUGGUGGUAAAAUCCUGUGGGCCGUCACGGUUCCAAUCUAUUGGACCAUCGCUUUCAUCAUUGCUGCAUCUAUCCCCGACUUCUUCGGCUUGACUAGCGUUAUCGCUGCGGUUUGUCUUGUGCAAUUCACGUAUACAUUUCCUGCCUUUAUUGGUCUCGGGUAUUUUAUCCAGAAGAAUGCAAUGCAAGGCGAAGAAGCCUUCAACCCGGCAACAGGUGUCGUUUAUCGCCGGGAUUCGGGAAUAAAGCGAUGGGUCCGCGGCUUCUUUGCCAAAUUCUGGUAUAUAAAUGCUAUGCUGCUCAUCUACACACUCGGUUCAAUGGCGCUGAGUGGGCUGGGAGCAUAUGCAGCCAUCGAGGGCUUGAUGGCUGCAUUCAAAUCACCACAGAUCAACACAUUUACAUGCAAAUCUCCCCUGGAAGGUUAA